AUGGCCAGUCUGGACACCUACCUGCGGCAGCCCUGGGGGACCGUGCACGGCAUCCCCAUGGUCAGCGCCUUCACCCCCAACUGGGAGCGCAUCGACGCCUUCCAGAGCCGCCCCGAGGACAUCGUGGUGGUCACCUUCCCCAAAUCUGGCACCACCUGGGUCAGCGAGAUCGUGGACAUGAUCCUGCAAGGCGGUGACCCUGAGAAGUGCAAGCGGGACAUCAUCAGCAUGAGGGUGCCCAUGCUGGAGUUCUCUGCCCUCGGGGAGUGGCCGGCAGGGACGGACGUGCUGGCCACCAUGCCCUCUCCCCGCGUGGUGAAGACCCACUUGCCUGCACAUAUUCUGCCCAAAUCCUUCUGGGAAAACCGCUGCAAGAUGAUCUAUAUGGGGCGCAACGCCAAGGAUGUGGCCGUCUCCUUCUACCACUUUGACCUGAUGAACAAGUUCCAGCAGCACCCUGGGACAUGGGCCCAGUACCUGGAGGAGUUCAUGGCCGGCAGAGUGGCUCCCGGUGCGACGUGGUGUGGAAUGCGGGGGGAUGGCAGGGGGUGAGCAUCGGCCUUUGUCCUGCAGGACCCCCGCCAGGAGAUCGCCAAGGUGGCCCGGUUCCUGGGGCGGGAGCUGCCGGAGGCGGCGCUGGAUGCCAUCACCCGGCACACCUCCUUCGAGGCCAUGCGGGACAACCCCACCACCAACUACAGCACGCUGCCCUCCCACUUCAUGGACCACGGUGUCUCCCCCUUCAUGCGCAAAGGUGUCACCGGAGACUGGAAGACCCACUUCACCGUGGCCCAGAGCGAGCGCUUCGACCAGGACUACACGCAGAAGAUGGCAGGCACCGACCUGCGCUUCCGCACCCAGAUUUAA